GUUUUCGGAGCGGACCACCAUUUCCCCGCUCAACGUGGAGCUGGGGAAGCGGCCCAUCGCGGGCACCAAGAGCUUUUACCAGCUCACCGCCCGGGACUACUACGGGGACCCGGUCUACUUCGGGAACAACAGCUUCAUGUUCUACAUCUACCGCAAGGAGUCCAC